AUGGCUGCGCUGCAGGAGAAGAAGUCGUGCAGCCAGCGGAUGGAGGAGUUCCGGCACUACUGCUGGAACCCAGACACGGGGCAGAUGCUGGGCCGCACGCUGUCCCGCUGGGCGUGGAUCAGCCUGUACUACGUGGCCUUCUACGCGGUCAUGACCGGACUCUUCGCCCUGUGCAUCUAUGUGCUGAUGCGCACCGUCGACCCGUACACCCCCGACUACCAGGACCAGCUGAAGUCGCCAGGGGUGACUUUGAGGCCGGACGUCUACGGGGACAAAGGCCUGGACAUUUCCUACAACGUCUCCAAUAACAGGACCUGGACAGACCUGACGCUCACCCUCCACAACUUCCUGGCAGGCUACUCGCCAGCAUCCCAAGAGGACAACAUCAACUGCACCUCCCACAAGUACUUCUUCCAGGAAAGCUUCAGGGCCCCCAACCACACCAAGUUCUCCUGCAAGUUCACGGCCGACAUGCUGCAGAACUGCUCGGGGCUGGUGGACCCCAGCUUCGGCUUUGCAGAAGGAAAGCCGUGUUUUAUUAUUAAAAUGAACAGGAUCGUCAGGUUCCUGCCCAGCAACAGCACAGCCCCCAGGGUGGACUGCGCCUUCCUGGACCAGCCCCACGGGGACGGCCGGCCCCUGCAGGUGGAGUACUACCCGCCCAACGGUACCUUCAGCCUGCACUACUUCCCCUACUACGGGAAGAAGGCCCAGCCCCACUACAGCAACCCUCUGGUGGCCGCCAAGUUUCUCAACGUCCCCAGGAACAUGCAAGUCGUCAUUGUGUGCAAGAUCCUGGCGGAUCACGUGACCUUCGACAACCCCCACGACCCCUAUGAAGGGAAAGUGGAGUUCAAGCUUAAAAUUCAGAAAUAA